AUGUCGGGUUAUGAUCGCGCUAUUACAGUGUUCUCGCCCGAUGGUCAUCUCUUCCAAGUUGAAUACGCGUUGGAGGCGGUAAGAAAGGGGACCACAGCGGUUGGGGUCCGAGGAAAGGACACUGCAGUGCUGGCUGUUGAGAGGAAGGCUAUUCCUAAGCUACAAGAUCCUAGGACGGUCCGGAAGAUCCUCCGAAUAGACCAACAUGUGAUGUUGGCUUUCGCUGGCCUUAACGCUGAUGCGAGGGUAUUGGCCAAUAAGGCUCGUGUGGAGUGUCAAAGCUACCGCCUCAAUGUUGAGGACCAACCCACAGUAGACUAUGUGGCUCGAUACAUUGCAGGAGUCCAACAGCAGUACACCUAUAAGGGAGGCGCUCGUCCCUUUGGUAUAUCAACCUUGAUAAUCGGACAAAACGAGCAGAAGAAACCUCAGUUAUACCAGACAGAUCCAUCUGGGUCAUUCAACUCGUGGAAGGCUGCUGCUAUCGGGAGGAACAGCAAGACUGGUAAUAUCCUCACUCACUACCGGCUGAUUCAAUGGGCUGUGCAUCAGUGA